AAGCAAGGCACGAAGCCGCGCAAUAUACUACUAUCAUAUAUCUGGUGUUGAUAACUGUAACGUGCAGCAGUUAUAGAAGAUGACGUUACGCCCGGAGGUAUCCGUCCACAAUGCGACGGACGGAGAAAGGGUUGGGGCCACUUUGAUGCCUAAGGUUUUUUCGGCGCCAUUGAGGCUCGACCUUGUCAGAAUUGUCCAUACCAACAUGUCCAAGAACAGACGUCAGGCAUAUGCCGUCAGCAAGAUGUCUGGUUACCAAACUUCUGCUAGGAGUUGGGGUACCGGUCGUGCUAUGGCCCGUGUUCCACGUGUAAAGGGUGGUGGUACUCACCGCGCUGGACAGGCCGCCUACGCCAACUUCUGCCGUGCUGGUGGUAUGUAUGCUCCUACCCGUGUAUGGAGGAGAUGGCACCGCAAGGUCAAUUUGAAGGAGAAGCGUCAGGCUCUUGCAUCUGCAUUGGCUGCUACCGCCGUAGUGCCUGUUGUGAUGUCCAGAGGCCACCGCAUCGAGGCUUUGCGUGAGGUACCUAUGGUUGUUGAUGAUGCCAUCGAGCAAAUCAACAAAACCAAAGAUGCUGUCAAGCUCCUGGAAACUAUUGGAUUGGGAGCUGAGUUGAAGAGAAUCGACAAAGUUACUGGACGUGCUAGGGAUGGUCGUAAGAAGAGACCCGUCGGCCCUCUUAUCAUCCUCAGAGCAACUGCUGUUGAAGGCAAAAGGGCUUUCAGGAACAUUCCUGGCGUUGAAGUUGCUUGUGUAGAGAGACUUAACCUUCUUAAGUUGGCCCCUGCAGGAGCGCUCGGAAGACUCUGUGUAUGGAGCAAAUCUGCCUUCGAAGCCCUGGAUGAUUACAUCAAAAUGAUGCCAACCAAGCUUCUUAAAAACGCUGAUCUUAGCGCCCUUAUAGAGUCAACACCAGUGCAGGCUGCUCUUAGAGCACCUAGAGAGGGUACCCCGAAGGCCACCCGUAAGAGUGGCUGUUCCAAGGAGGUCCUCAAGUUUGUACAGGAAUCGCUCCGCAGUGAAGGUUUGAUCAACACCAAGGUUAAAGCCAAAAAGACUAAGGAAGAAAUGAAACGUUGCAAGGCUAACUCUAAGGCUUUCUACAAAAAUAUCAUUGAGGCCAUCUCCACUAAACCUCUCACUGUGAGCGAGGAAGUAUGAACGUACAUGUAUUAAUCUGUACCACUUUUCAUUCUA